AUGAUAUUUCUAUUCGGAUUACUCAUCACGCACAUAAACAAAAUCUGCGAUCUGCAUUCAUGGCCAAAUGAUGGCAAAAAACAUAACGAAGCCAGAGCUACCCUGAAACUCAUUUGGGAUGGACUGAGGAAAUACGCCGAUGAAAAUGAGGUAAGCCUGACUGAAUUUUUAUCUAUCUAUCUAUCUAUCUAUCUAUCUAUCUAUCUAUCUAUCUAUGUCAGUUUUUUUAAUAUCUAUCUAUCCAAACAUAUCUAUCUAUCUAUCUAUCUAUCUAUCUAUCUAUCUAUCUAUCUAUCUAUCUAUCUAUCUAUCUCUGUUUCUUCAUAUCUAUCUAUCUCUCUAUUUCAGUCUCUUCAUAUCUUUCUAUGUAUGUAUGUAUGUAUCUAUCUAUCUAUCUAUCUAUCUAUCUAUCUAUCUAUCUCUGUUUCUUCAUAUCUAUCUAUCUACUUCACUGUCUUCAUGUCUAUCUAUCUAUCUAUUUCAGUAUCUAUCUAUCUAUCUAUCUCAGUUUCUUUAUCUAUCUAUCUAUCUAUCUAUCUAUCUAUCUAUCUAUCUAUCUAUCUAUCUAUCUAUUUCAGUCUCUAUAUAUCUAUCUAUCUAUCUAUCUAUCUAUCUAUCGAUUUUAGUCUUUUCAAAUCUAUCUAUCUAUCUAUCUAUCUCUGUUUCUUCAUAUCUAUCUAUCUCUCUAUUUCAGUCUCUUCAUAUCUUUCUAUGUAUGUAUGUAUGUAUGUAUGUAUGUAUCUAUCUAUCUAUCUAUCUAUCUCUGUUUCUUCAUAUCUAUCUAUCUACUUCACUGUCUUCAUGUCUAUCUAUCUAUGUAUUUCAGUAUCUAUCUAUCUAUCUAUCUAUCUAUCUAUCUAUCUAUCUAUCUAUCUCAGUUUCUUUGUCUAUCUAUCUAUCUAUCUAUCUAUUUCAGUCUUUUCAAAUCUAUCUAUCUAUCUAUCUCUGUUUCUUCAUAUCUAUCUAUCUACUUCACUGUCUUCAUGUCUAUCUAUCUAUCUAUUUCAGUAUCUAUCUAUCUAUCUCAGUUUCUUUAUCUAUCUAUCUAUCUAUCUAUUUCAGUCUCUUCAUAUCUAUCUAUCUAUCUAUCUAUCUAUCUAUCUAUCUAUCUAUCUAUCGAUUUUAGUCUUUUCAAAUCUAUCUAUCUAUCUAUCUAUCUAUCUCUGUUUCUUCAUAUCUAUCUAUCUCUCUAUUUCAGUCUCUUCAUAUCUUUCUAUGUAUGUAUGUAUGUAUGUAUGUAUGUAUGUAUCUAUCUAUCUAUCUAUCUAUCUAUCUCAGUUUCUUUAUCUAUCUAUCUAUCUCUGUUUCUUCAUAUCUAUCUAUCUACUUCACUGUCUUCAUGUCUAUCUAUCUAUCUAUCUAUCUAUCUAUCUAUCUAUUUCAGUAUCUAUCUAUCUAUCUAUCUAUCUAUCUAUCUCAGUUUCUUUGUCUAUCUAUCUAUCUAUCUAUCUAUCUAUCUAUCUAUCUAUCUAUCUAUUUCAGUCUCUUCAUAUCUAUCUAUCUAUCUAUCUAUCUAUCUAUCUAUCGAUUUCAGUCUUUUCAAAUCUAUCUAUAUCUAUCUAUCUAUCUAUUUCAGUCUCUUCAUACCUAUCUAUCUAUCUAUCUAUCUAUCUAUCUAUCUAUGUUUCUUCAUACCUAUCUAUCUAUCUAUCUACUUCAGUCUUUUCAUAUCUAUCUAUCUAUCUAUCUAUCUAUUUCAGUAUCUAUCUAUCUAUCUAUCUAUCUAUCUAUCUCAGUUUCUUUGUCUAUCUAUCUAUCUAUCUAUCUAUCUAUUUCAGUCUCUUCAUAUCUAUCUAUCUAUCUAUCUAUCUAUCGAUUUCAGUCUUUUCAAAUCUAUCUAUAUCUAUCUAUCUAUCUAUCUAUCUAUCUAUCUAUCUAUCUAUCUAUUUCAGUCUCUUCAUACCUAUCUAUCUAUCUAUCUAUCUAUCUAUCUAUCUAUCUAUCUCCGUUCAGACCUAUCUCUGUACUAAUCAAUUAUUUUCAUCCAAAAAUCUCUUCUUUUUUUCUCUUGUUUUUGCUUUUCUCUGCUCACUUCUUUUGCUCGUUUUGCAUUCAUUCUUUUCUAUAAGGAGCUCGGUUUUCAUUUCUCGACACGAUGAGCAGGUGACAAAGGAAGAAUGGUUGAAGAUGUGGGCCGAAUGUGUUAAGAGCGUUGAAAAGGGAGAAAGUCUGCCCGAAUGGCUGACUAAGUACAUGAACUUCAUGUUUGAUGUCAACGAUACAUCAGUGGUUUUCUUACUGUUUCGUUCUUUGAAAUAUCAUCCUGUUUUUUCCCGCUUUUCUUACGUUUUAUGUUGUUGCCCACUCUCUCUUUAUUUAUAUUUCAUUCUUUCUGAUAACGAAUUUCUUUCUUUCUUUCUUUCUUUCUUUCUUUCUUUCUUUCUUUUCCGUGGGUGUCCCACUUAUCAUCCACGCUUUGGGUCUCGCCUUUCUUUUCCUUUCUUUCCUUCCUUUCUUUCUUUUCUUUUCUUUUUUGCCUCGGUAAAUGGUGCCACAGCAGCAACACUUUAUUUCUAUUUAACACUUUCUUUCUUUCUUUCUUUCUUUCUUUCUUUCUUUCUUUCUUUCUUUCAAAUACCUUACUGUUUUUUUUAUUUGUAUUUCUUUCUUUCUUUUCUUUCUUUCUUUCUUUCUUUCUUUCUUUCUUUCUUUCUUUCUUUCAAAUACCUUACUUUCUUUCUUUCUUUCUUUCUUUCUUUCUUUCUUUCUUUCUUUCUUUCUUUCAAAUACCUUACUGUUUUUUUUAUUUGUAUUUCUUUCUUUCUUUUCUUUCUUUCUUUCUUUCUUUCUUUCUUUCUUUCAAAUACCUUACUGUUUUUUUUAUUUGUAUUUCUUUCUUUCUUUUCUUUCUUUCUUUCUUUUUUCUUUCAAAUACCUUUUUGUUUUUUUUUUCUUUCUUUCUUUCUUUUUUCUUUCUUUCUUUCUUUCUUUUUUUCUUUCUUUCAAAUACCUUGUUGUUUUUUUUAUUUUAUUUCUUUCUUUCUUUCUUUCUUAAAUUCUUUCUUUUUUUUAUUUUCUUUCUUUCUUUCUUUUCUUUCAAAAUACCUUUGUUUUUUUAUUUGUUUUUAUUUUUCUUUCUUUCUUUCUUUCUUUCUUUCUUUCUUUCUUUCUUUCAAAUACCUUACUGUUUUUUUUUAUUUCUUUUUUCUUUUCUUUCUUUCUUUCUUUUUUCUUUCUUUCAAAUACCUUUUAGUUUUCUUUUUCUUUCUAUUCUUUUUUUUUUUUUCUUUCUACUUCAUAAUUUCUAUAACUUUCUUUCUUUUUUUUAUAUUGCUUUCUUUCUCUUUCUUUCUGUCUUUUUCAAUCUUUCCUUCUUUCUUUCUAUUUUUUUUCCCUUUUCUUUCUAUUCCGCUUUUCAAUUUUCUUCCUUUCUUUCUAUUCUUUUCUCUUUCUUUCUUUUUCUUUUUUCUUUGUUUCUUUCGUGUUCAUUCUUUCUUUCUUUCUAUUCUUUUCUUUCUUUUUUUCUUUUCUUUUCUUUUUUGUUUCUUUGUUUUUUUUUUUUUUUCUUUCUUUCUUUUUUUUUUUUUCUUUUUCUUUUUUCUUUCUUUUUUUUCUUUUUUUCUUUCUAUUCUUUUCUUUCUUUCCUCUUUUCUUUUUUUUUCUUUUGUUUCUUUCAUUUUUCUUUCAUUUAUUCUUUCUUUUUUCUUUUUUCUAUUCUUUUCUUUUUUUUUCUUUUUUUUUUUUUUCAUUUUCUUUUCUUUCUUUCUUUCUUUUCAUUUUUCUUUCUUUUAUUCUUUUCUUUCUUUUUCUUUUUCUUUGUUUUUUCUUUUCUUUUCUUUCUUUUUCUUUUCUUUUUUCUUUUCCUUUUUUCAUUUUUUCUUUCUAUUCUUUUUUUCUUUUUUCUUUUCUUUUCUUUCUUUUCAUUUUUUUUUUUCUAAUCAUUUUUUUUCUUUCUUUUUCUUUUUCUUUCUUUCUUUUUUUUUUUUUCUUUCUUUUUUUUCUUUCUUUCUUUUUUUUUUCUUUCUUUCUUUUUCUUUUCUUUCUUUUCUUUUCUUUUCUUUCUUUUCUUUUUUUCUUUCUUUUUCUUUUUUCUUUUUUUUUUUUUCUUUUUUUCUUUUCUUUUUUCCUUUCUUUUUUUUCUUUUUUCUUUUUUUUCUUUUCUAUUUUUCUAAUUUCUUUUUUUUCUUUAUUUCUAUUUCUUUUUUUUCUUUUUUUUGUUGA